CAGCAGCGGCCAAAGCAGAGGCACCAAAAUCGACGGCCAGAAAGUUUUUUUCUCCCAAACGAUUGACACGAAUCACACAUACACAGCAUACACGCCAAAAGAAAAGUGCGGAGAGAAGGCGAAACACAAAUUGGGAAAAUCGAAAGAGGAAAAUUGUAUCGCAUGCAGAAGAAUUCUGAAGAAUAAAUUUUGAUUGCAAUUGCUUUUGCAGGCAAACAAGUAAUUCUAAACGAAAAAAUUACGUGAAUUUUGUGUGAAGAGCUUUUUGGCGAAAAGAAAAAACCAAUUGUGCCGCUGUGCAAAAGCCGAAACCAGUUGGUUGGUAAAGAUAAAAAAAUAGCAUAAAAGUAAACCAAAAGGCAAAUUGAAGAAAAGGGAGAGAACUGCUAUUGAGAAAACGGAAUUUUAGACAUACUGUAAUAAUAGCUAUCGAUCAGUGAGCACCAAUACGAGAACGUUUUACAGCUCCAACCUCAAAGACGCAAACUCCAAUUUCAGUUCCCCAACUUCGGCUAAGACAGCACCACCAAAGCGCACAGCAAAUUAAAAACCGGCAGCAUCAUGACUAUGGCUGGGCAGACCAUCAACGAUCGGCUAUUGGCGGCGCGGCAUAGCUUGGCCGGUCAAGGCCUGGCUAAGUCGGUGUGCAAGGCCACCACAGAGGAGUGCAUCGGGCCCAAGAAGAAACAUUUGGAUUAUUUAGUACACUGCACAAACGAACCGAAUGUCUCCAUACCACAUUUGGCCAAUUUACUUAUCGAACGCUCACAGAAUACCAAUUGGGUGGUGGUCUAUAAAGCGCUGAUAACCACUCAUCACUUGAUGGCAUAUGGCAAUGAGCGAUUCAUGCAGUAUUUAGCAUCCAGUAAUUCAACAUUUAAUCUCAGCAAUUUUCUGGACAAAGGCGGCGUACAAGAUGGCUUAUCGGCACCGGGUGGCAGAAUGGGCUACGAUAUGUCGCCGUUCAUACGACGCUACGCCAAAUACUUGAAUGAAAAGUCGCUCUCAUAUCGUGCAAUGGCUUUUGAUUUUUGCAAAGUAAAACGCGGCAAGGAGGAAGGCUCUCUACGCACCAUGAAUGCCGACAAGCUGCUAAAGACAUUACCUGUACUGCAAGGACAGUUGGAUGGCCUACUGGAAUUCGAUUGCCAGUCCAAUGACUUAUCUAAUGGUGUCAUCAACAUGAGUUUCAUGCUGCUCUUCCGCGAUCUGAUACGGUUGUUUGCGUGCUAUAAUGAUGGCAUUAUUAAUUUGCUCGAGAAAUAUUUCGAUAUGAAUAAGAAACACGCACGCGAUGCUUUGGAUUUGUACAAAAAGUUUUUGGUGCGCAUGGAUCGCGUUGGUGAAUUUUUGAAAGUCGCUGAGAAUGUUGGCAUUGACAAAGGUGAUAUUCCCGAUUUGACAAAGGCUCCGAGCUCUCUGUUGGAUGCCUUGGAACAACAUUUAGCUACUUUGGAGGGACGAAAGGUUUCUGCUGCUAAUACACCAACUCAAACGGCAAGCAAUCAAAAGAAUGUAAAAUCCGCUGUCACUGCCUUAUCUUCCACCAGCUCAUCAUUCGGCACAGCUGCCGCAUCCAGCAAAUUCGACACAACCAAUGGCAUCGAUGAGCAAUUGAAGGCGCAGGUAUUGGCCGAAGAGGAGGCGGCUAUGAAUCAGUACAAACAAUCGAAGGUCUCUUCACCCACUGCAGGCGGUGGUGGCGCUGGUGCUGGUGCUGCAUUAACAAAUCCAUUCUUAUCGUCACCGCCAGCCAGUGGCGCUGGUGCACCGAUAGUCGAUCUGUUUGGUGCAGCUCCGGCAACGGCUGCCGGUACGGCUGCUGCCACCGCAAGUGGUGGUGCUGCAGGCGGCACCACCACCAAAGCAUCCGAUGACUUACUACAAUUGGGCAAUCCAUUUGCUGAUAUGUUCGAUGCGCCCGUAGGCGGCGUGGGCGCUGGUGGCGGCGCAGCAGCGGCAACAGGUGGUGCACAAAAUGCCAAUAAUAUUUGGAUGCAUAAUAAUGGUUUUAAUGGUGCUGCAGCGCCUUCAGCGGCUGCAAAUGCUUUCGUCUCGGACAGCAAUUUCUCGUCCGUUUUUGGUAAUACUGAACCAACCGCCUCAUCCGCCGCCGCCGCCGCAGCCUUACCAAAUCCGUUCUUCGACACCAUGGAUGCGCCGUUAUUUGGCGCAUCCCAACAAUCGCAACUUCAACAACAGUCGGCAUUCUCCACCACAUCAGCUCUCGGCGAUACCGCUUAUAUGCCCCAGGGAGCGCCAGCCUCGCAACAGUUCUUUAUGAAUACAACAGCCGCGGUGGCGCCGGCGCCACAACAAUUCCCUCCAGGCUUUGAUGCUCUGGGUGAUGUCCUCAAGCCAGGCAUCACAUCCACACAUCCAGCCGCAGCCAAUCAAACGAAUAUUGUCACUGCAGGUGCUCUGGGUCUGGCCGGCAGUCAGCAACAGCAAUUACUCAACCAACAGCAGCAACAACAACUCCAACAACAACAGCAAACACAACCUGCUAGUACUGGCAAAAUACUCACCGGCGAUUUGGAUAGCUCACUUAUGUCACUUGUAGAUAAUCUGAAUAUAAAUAAAUCGAGCAGUGCAAAACCCGUGCAAUGGAACUCGCCGAAAAAUACAGCGAAACCCGGUGCUAAUUGGACACCUCAACCAAUGGCGGCUACAACUGGUGCUGGCUAUCGUCCAAUGGCACAUGGCAUGACAGUAAGUCCUGCGCCAAUCACAAUCCAAAACCAUCCGUAUAUACACGCUAGUUAUCCUGUUAUACCAAAUUAUAUGCAGCAGGGAAUGCCGGUGAUGGGACAACCUAUGAUGGGUCAAGCCCCUUUGACUGGCGUGCAACCGACGAUGGCGCCAAUGAUGGCAGCGGCGCCGCAAGCGCUUCACAGUAGUGCGAUAACAAUGCAACCGCAAUCACUCCAGCAACAGCCCAACGGUGGCAAUAAGGCGGCGCCACUCGAUCCAUUCGGUGUGUUAUAAGAUGGCUGGCGUGGUUAGCAGCCAUGAGCAACAACUACAACAAUAACAACAAUAUUAUCAUAAUAACCCAACCCAAUAAGCAGCAGUAAAGCGCCACUGCUGCUGUAGCGGAGUAAAACGUCAUCAAACUACAGCAUAACAGCAUAACCAAUCAACUAGUUGGACGAUGGGGGGAAAUACAAAAACAAAAAAAUGAAGAGGAGAAAAAACAGCAAAAUGUUUGGCUGAUUGGGCGGGGUUGAUAGGGGGUGGAUGUGUCAGAUUUGCCGCUGUUUUCCUUUGUGGGGGCGCGGACGCGUACGCUAAGCGUGUAGUGCAAGUUGUGAAUGAGAAUUUAAAAAAAAUUCAAGAAUUAUAAAAAUCAGUUUCAAAUUAUAAAUAAAUUAAUUAAAUACAAUUAAAAUAAUAUUAUGAUUAUAUUACAUUAUAUAUAUUAUAUGCAUAAAAAAAAUCAAGAAAAAAUGCAAAAGUAAAAGAAAAGAAAAUAAAUGCAAUGAAGACGCGUUGAAGUUAGAAAAUAAACCAAGAGAGUAAAUUAUAUAAAAAUGAUUAUUGUAUUGUACUAUUUCUUAUAAUUAUAAUUAUUGUAUUGUAUUGUAUAACUGCAAAUACCAUUACCGAUCACAAAAAACGAUUUUUGAAAUGAAUAAAAAAAUAGCAAAAAUGAA